UUCAUGUGUCUGUGACUAAUGCUUUGUUAUCUGGACUGUUCUGGGAAAAAAAAAAAAUUCUGGACAGUGUUGGUCUGAGCAGGGUACAGAAUGGCUGGGGCACAACCAUUGUUAGCAGAUGGCAAUCAGGAAUUAUUUCCCUGUGAAGUCUGUGGAAGACGCUUUGCAGCAGAUGUUCUGGAAAGACAUGGACCAAUUUGUAGAAAACUCUUCAACAAAAAACGUAAACCUUUCAAUUCCUUAAAACAAAGAUUGCAGGGCACUGACAUUCCCACUGUGGGGAAGGCGCCUCAGUCCAAGCCACAACCCGUGAGAAAAUCUAACUGGAGACAACAGCAUGAAGACUUCAUUAAUUCGAUUAAGUCAGCAAAGCAGUGUACACUAGCCAUUAAAGAAGGCCGGCCUCUCCCACCUCCACCCUCUCUGACCGUCAACCCAGAUUAUAUUCAGUGUCCAUAUUGUAAGAGGAGAUUUAAUGAAACCGCAGCCAGUCGACAUAUUAAUUUCUGCAAGGAUCAAGAGUCUCGCCGAGUCUUUGAUCCAGCCCAGACAGCAGCCAGAUUGGCAUCCAGAGCACAGGGUAGAGCUCAAAUGUGUCCAAAAAAGGAACCGACUGUAACCAGUGCCGUGGGAGCUCUGCUGCAGAUCAGGGCCCUGGAGGCCAGUGCAGCGCCAACCCGGCCAGGAUCAGCAGUGGACCCUGCUUCUGGAGCAAAACUCAGACAAGGAUUUACUAAAUCUUCUAAAAAAGAUUAACUCCUAGAGGCCAGGAAGGAGAAAUGAUUCUUCAUUUUGACCAGGAAGGUUACUGCCCUGUCCCUUUUACUAAACAAAGACAGGUCCCUGAGGUUGACACUGAAUAAACACUGCUAUGAAGCUGGA